AUGCAACAAUUGCAGAAUAUGACCCUAUUUAUUGUUGCAGGUGGAAAUCCCAACGCCAAUCAACCGCAGCCACAGCCGCAACCACAACCUCAAGGGCUAAUCGUAGAGACGGGCAACGGCGCGAGCGUGCUGCAACUGCCGGCCACCACGCUCGAGCAGAUCCGGCACAUCGCUGCAGACCCCGGCGCUUCUACUCUACGCCUCCCACCACCCGCUAGCGAGCUCCCCGGGGGCGCCCGCGAGGCGGACUUCGAUCUCUGCUACGUUUGCAAGCAUUGCAAAGUAGCUUUCCCGUCAGCCGCUCCACUGCAGGUUCACCAGGCGCGCUCCUGCUACGCCGGCCGGGAGGCGGCGCGCGGCGUCAUACGAGUCGUGCAGCCCGCGCUGGAGUGCCGGACGUGCCCCGGGGAGCGGUUCCGCUCGUCGGUAGACUUCCGCCGGCACGCCGACACCGAGCUCCAUCUUCGCAACCUCGCUCCUCCUCCGCUGCCGCCCGUGCCGGAGCCGCUCUCCCACGAGAUGGAGGACGUCGUCAACCAGAUCACGCUCCUCGCCGCCCGCGCCGCACAGGACACCUCCCCGAAGGAGCCCAACGUCAACUUCUGCGUGCCCGGCCCGCGCUUCCCGCAGCCCGGCGAGCUUCCGCUCGCGAGCGCCGGCCAUUAAUCCUAACUAAGAAAUGUAUAGUUACUACUACUAGAGCCCCUCGCUCUCUCCGUUGUUCAACAACGCAACAGUUCACUAUUAGCUCUUAAUGCUUCUUUUCGUUGACGAAUGUCGCCGCGGAAGCGGCACUUUCUUAGUUAUACGUUUAAAGCUUGUAGUCGUGUAAGUGUAGGUUAAUUGGGAGCCGGCCCCGGUCGCGGGUUUUGUACGUGACGCAGAGGCCGGGCGGCUCCCCAGCCGCCGCCGCGCACUGGGAGGCGGCGGCGGCGGCCGGCGCGGCCGCGUCUCGACGCCGCACUUCAUAUCAUACGUUAGACAGGUUUUAUUAUAUACGUUUAUCGUUGCGGCCGCGCGAGCGCCGCGGCCGAGCCGGCGGACGAAUCUUUAACAUCGUCUCCCAGGUAAACAAGUUCCUAUCUUUAUGGCAUAUAAUAUUAUCGAUAUUGAUAAUUACGAUUUAAUUAUUGUUUAAAGCUAUGUAAUACAUACAUAUAAUCGUUCUAAUUUUAGGCAUAGAUACGUUCUCGUAAGAAGUUCCUGAUGCAUCGUAAAUGUAUGAAGAUAUAUAUACGUAUAUGAUUUUUUUAACGUGAGGCGAAGAUAGGUACGUAUGUUAGGCAGUAGUGCGGUCGUCCUCUCGCGCGGGUCUUACGCUCGAAACAAAGAUGUCCCCACAGAAUAAAAUAAACGCGACCCUCCGUAUUCGCCGAACGGCGGACAGCGACGAGUACCGCGCGUGCCGCAGGUGGCGGUAGCGGUAGCGGUAGGUACGAGACGUGGGAGGUGCGAGCGCUCGCACACUCGAGAGCCGCCCGUGGAGACGCGACGACACCGCGUAGGCUUAUUGGUAACGGUUAAUUAUAAUAAUUAUUAUUAUCGUAGCAAACUUUUCCAAAACGAACGAACUCGAAACUCGGGCUGCGCGCCAGCGCUCAGCCUACCUCGCAUACAAGUGAGUUUAUUUUGGAACUAAGUGUGAUUCUUGAAUUUUUAUUGAUAUUGUAACGAUUAUUAGUAGUGGCGUAAGUGAGUCGAAGGCGUGGAGUACAUGCGGGGCACGGCGCGGCGCGACGCCCGCGUUCGGCGCUCUCGCAUGUAUGUUCAUUACUUUAGCGUGUGCGUGGAGUCCCUAAUAUUUUCGAUGGCACAGAUCACGUUAUUAAAAAUAUUUUACAUAUUUACAUUUUAUCUAGUGGAGUGUAAUACGAUAUUUUAUCUACGAGCGAAUCCUACUACAACAUUGAGUUAGUUCUUUUAUAAAGUGCAAUGUUUUAUUCCACCGGUAGCCGGCGGUCCUUGUUAUGCUACGUGCAAUGGGGCGUGCUGCGCGCGCUGCGUCUCCCUCCGAUCGCUUCACAACUCUCUAGAGAUCUGCGCCGCGAGCUACAGUUACGUCGACAUGAGACAACCAUCACAUUAUUUAUUAAAAAGUUAAAACCAUCACGGAUUCAAUUUCACUUGGUUAAAAAAAUAUUUACUCUUUAAAAACCAUAUGAUUAGUCGUGAAUGAAGGUAUGAUGGAGCUUUUAAGAGUCGAGAGCAAAGAUUACUUGAGCGUAUCAUUCGCAGACGCAGUGCACGCACGCAGCGUUUCCGACGCGACGGCGCGCGUUUAUACUACAUGAUUAUUUUGUUUAUUGCGUUAAUAAGAUUAUAGUGUAUUUAUUAAAGACCCCUAUUGUUUGUUGAGGCGUCCGCAAACUCCACCGCGUAACUCGGAGAUAUUUAUUUAGUGGUUUGUAAUCGGGAGUAAGCGUACUCGUGAGUUGGUGAGUUGGUAGCGUGGGUGGAAGUCGGUAGCGAUGUUGUGUCUCCGCGGACGACAGCCCGCGGAAUGAAUCAUGGUUCCUAUGUAUAUUUCAAUAUUAUCGCAUCUAGAGUUUCACUAUACUUUCCGAAUACAAAUUUUAAUAUUUAAGAUUUAUUCGGAUUAGUCUGUUGUAUCUGCUACUAGAGGUGCCGCCACGGGGCACGUUGUUCGUUUAGUUGUACGGGCUGUUUUCAUUUGUUUCGGUAUUUUGUGUAACUGCACUUUUAUAUUAUUGUAUUACUUACCUGUGUAUUGAAAUUUUGUUAUUGUGAAAUUAUAAAAUAUAAUUGUCAUCGUCAUCCUCUAGAUGUAAAUGGUUACGAUAUAAGUUUACGAUCGUAAAAGGUAGCACUCGCGUCUAUCAUAGUUCCUAUACUGUAAUGCUAAAUUAUUUUGAAAUCUUUCAUAGUGAAAUAUACCGUUCCUAAUAAUUGUAUCGUGUAACAAAAUUUUAUGUAAAUUCGGAAAUAGACCAUGUGAAGUUUGAUGCAGUUUAUGUGUUUGUUCGAUGCCUGUUUAUUUGUGUACUAGCAUGUCAGUCUCUACGUUCGUUUAGCGCCUAGUUCCGUUACCUGCGCGUAGGCGCGGGCGCGAGCUACGCGUCUACGACGCUCGCCACCCGUAGCCGACAACAGAUUACGAAUACAUUGUCAAGUGUAAAUGGUAAAAAUAAACUCAAAGUUAGUUUAUCAGA